ACGAACUGUGCACCAGGCAGUGCAAAGCACCAAAGGGUCAGAGAUAAACCUCUACCCCCAUACCUUGGGGACAAAGUGGGCAGAAAGAGAGCUGCCUCACCCCAGCUCUUUGAUCUGCAAAGCUGAAGCCAGGAUCUUGGUUCAGGCAGAAGGGACGCUAUGCUCACAGACUUCCUAUCCCUGCUUUGCCUUGGGCUGUGUCUGGGCUAUGAAGAUGACAAAAAGAAUGAGAAAUUUCCUAAGCCGUCCCUCAUUGCCUGGCCCAGUCCAGUGGUUGAGGUCAAAAGCAACGUGACUCUGAAGUGCCAGUCUCCUGCCCGGAAUGCUACGUUCUCGCUGGAUAAGAUGCACGACUCUGGGUCCAGACAGCAGAGCUCAGCAGGAGACGAUGCUCAUUUCCCGAUCACUGACUUGGAGCCUGAGGAUGCUGGGCAGUACUUUUGUACCUACAAUAACACCACCACCUCCCACGAGUGGUCAGAAAAGAGUGAAUACCUCCAGCUGGUGGUCACAGGGUCACUUCUGAAACUGCCCCUCCCAGUGAACACGGACCCUGAGACGACCCCAGAUCAGAGCGUGACACUGCGCUGUCUGAUCCCGUACAAUGGAACUGAACACGUGACUAUGGCUCUGCUGAAAUAUGGCAUUCCAAAGCCAUUACAAGUCAAGGAAAUGAGGAAAAACCAAGCUGAUUUCAUGCUCUCAACUUUGACAAGCAAUGACAGUGGAAACUACAGCUGUGUAUAUUACCAGCGGAGACUACCACACCUGGGUUCCUUCCCCAGCAACAGCCUGGAGAUAUUGGUUACAGACGAAAAGGAAGGACAUGGAGCGCCCACAAUAAAAAAAGCAGAUUUGCUCCCCAGGCCCUCCCUCAGCGACUCACCCGGCUCGGUCGCGGCCCCAUGGAGCCAGGUGACUCUCCAAUGUAGCUCGUCUCACCAGGGGGCAACUUUUGUCCUGGGGAAGGUAGAAACCCUGGAGGUCUUGGAGCAGCAGAGGCCAGCAGGAAACCAUGCAGACUUCUUGUUCCAAGACCUAAAUCACAAAGAUGCUCAUAGCUACAUCUGUCUUAAUUACCUAAGGGAGGAGAGUCUCAUCUGGUCAGAGUACAGUGCGUACCUGCAGCUCGUGGUUACAGGUGGAGAUGAAGGAUCAAGCACUUUACCCUCAAAACAAGACUCCAGGGUCACCUACGUUGUAGUCUUCAGCUGCGUCAUCAUCAUUCUCCUCUUCCUCUCAAUCUUCCUCAUCUACAAAUGCUUCUACCACGAAUUCCAAACAGCCGAAGUGGGAGGGUCAAGAGAUGCAGCUCCUUCCAAGCAAGAAAGGACAUCCCUCUCGGCUGCAGACCCCCCGGAAGUGAGCUAUGCAGAGCUGAACACCAAUGCAAUGCUAGAGGCAGCUUCGGUGCCCCCCAAGGAGCCCCCGGGAUCUUGUGACUAUGCAGUCCUGAACGUGUAGAAGCUGGAUGACAGGAGCCAGUGGAGGAAGGACUUUAUCCAUGGGAAUUGGACUUUACCCAAUUCAGAUGGCCAAGUUGACUGCAAAUAUGGAAAUCUAGUCGACUCUAUGUCCCUUGCUCAUAGUCCAUAUUAAUAAAAUUAAGUUUCUUUCUUUUUGCUUCCACA